AGGAGGAGCAGGGCGGGUCUGCGUAUUUCACGGCACGAUGACCGAGGGCCCUUAUUAACAGUGUGAGAGCUUUCUGUCUUUUUUAUCCCUUGGCAUUUCACUGUUUCUUCAUUUUUGGUUUCACUCUGAGAAGGAGACGUGUAAUAUAGUAAUAUAGUAUAGUGUAAUAGCAUUAGCAACACUUUUUUUCCAGGGUUAAUAAUGUGAAAGGCUUUCUCCUCUGCUGUAAACUUGUUGACUGCUACUCCCUUUCUUUACUUUGGCAUCAUUGCCUACACGUCUUGUGGAUUCACUGCCUCAGCUUUGUGGUGGACCUUUUUUUUUCUCCCUCCAACUUGAAUUGACCACACGUCCUAAAAUGCAGACACCGAGAACAUGGAUCGUGAUCGUUUGUCUGAGUGGCAUGUUUUUAUCAGGACUAAGCCUAAACUCCUCACCCGACACGGAUGCUCAAACUUAUUCUGAGACACCUGAAUUAAAAACGGCAGAUGAUUUUCCAGAAGAUAGAGUGGUGACCUUGUUGGAUCAACUGACCAACUCAACUGCAACCUCUGAUGCUGACGGCAAGAAUGAGCUUCACAGCGUGGAGGCAGAGGAGGAGAUGGAGGAGCUAAAGACUCUGCAUGCCGGUAGAAGAAAGAGAAACGCCUGGUGGAGGAGGAAACUUGCAGCGCUCGUGGACCCCAAUACUUACAGAUUUGCAGGCAUCGGGCCACUGCUCAUGGGCUGGGGGAAGCAGGUGAAAAGAGAGCAGGGAUCCACCUCUCUCAUGGGCAUACUGAGUGAGCUUCACACUGAGAGGAGGAGGCUGAUGGAUCAAGAGAAAAAACAGGAGGAGGAAGAGGAAGAUGAUGAUGAUGACGACGAUGAUGAUGACGACAACGACGAUGAUGACGAUGAUGAUGAUGAUGAAGAUGAAGAAGAGGAAGAGGACGAGGAAAACGAGGAGGAAGAAGGAGAAGAAGAGGAAGGAGGUGAGGAAAACGAAGAGGAAGGAGAGGAGGAAGGAGGUGAGGAAAACGAAGAGGAAGUAGAGGAGUCUGCCACUGAAGCUCCAAACAAUCAAACAGAAACCCCCGGCCCCUUCACAGAGACUCUUGCCAGUGGGUGUCAGAGAACUGGCAAAGAAAUCAGCUGCAGAGGUCUUGGUAUGACUCACCUACCAGAAAUGUACAACCUGGAGGCCACAAAGCUGGACUUGGCAGAGAACCACUUGAGCGGCUUCACAGCACAGUCUUUCUCCGGUCUCCCCAACCUUGACACACUGGACCUGAGCAAAAACCAACUGUAUGAAGAGUCCUUCAGUGAACAGCCUCUGUCUAGUCUGACCUCUCUGAAGAAGCUGAACCUAGAUGGAAACCAGCUCACCACGAUCCCGACAUUGCUGCCGCCAUCGCUUGCUGAGCUUAAACUCAACAACAACAGGCUUAUAACACUCACCGAUGACUCUUUCAAAGGUCUGACGAACCUGUUGACCCUGGAGCUACAGGAGAAUAUUCUCCAUGAAGGAAGUGUGUCACCGCUCACCUUCAAACCUUUGAAGAAGCUUCAGAGACUGCAGUUGGACAACAAUCGCUUCCGUUACCCCCCGAUGGGCCUUCCAUCGUCUCUGCAGGAGUUGAGAAUGAAAGGAAAUCAGAUUCUUGAGCUGUCAGAAGAGCCGUUCAGAGGCUGCAGCAAUCUAAAGGUUCUGGAUCUGAGUCACAACCUCCUGCAUGAGCAACGUGUUGUUGACCAAGCCUGGCGCCAUCUCAAGUCCCUGGAGGAUCUCGAUCUGUCCAACAACCAGUUCACCUCUGUGCCCAUGAAUCUGCCUGGUCACCUUAAAAACCUGAGCCUCCAACACAACAGUAUCCGUCACAUACGUGCCUUCACCUUCCGUCACCUGCGGCCCGGCCUGCAGUUCCUCGGUUUGUCCUACAACUUCGUGAGCAAUGAGGGAAUCGAGCGGCACUCUUUCGUAGGUAUGUUCCGCUCCCUGAAGGAGCUCCUACUGGACAACAAUCGUCUGAACGAGGUCCCUCACUGCGUUCGACAGUUGAAGAACCUGCAGGUGUUGAGACUGGACAACAACCAGAUCAGGCUGGUGAGGCAGUGGGGAGUGUGCCACCCGCAAAAUUCCGGCUCCACCUUGAUGACACUCCACUUGGAGAACAAUUAUCUGAAAGUGGAGAAUGUUCCCCCGAAGGCCUUCUCCUGUCUAGUUGAUGUAAAUGGACUGUUCCUCUAACAAUAGCAUACAGACACAUUAUGUCUAUUAGACUACACAGAUGAACUACCUAAAUAUAUGCAUGUACAUUACUUUGAGGUACAGCUAAGCAAGUACCAUGCUUUAUCCUUUCUCUGCCUUCACUGCUCUUCAACAUUAAGCAUGCAAGCAUCAGGAGACAUUAGACAAACCGCUUUAUCAUGGAGUUUCCUUAAUUUAAUCAGCCCGAGCUUUCAUCUUACCCUCAAACCCAUCAUUUUCUUUCACAUCUCACGUCUGACGAGGAAAAUACUGUAUCUGUAAUGUUGGGGUAUGUAUUAAAGCACAUGUGUAAUUUACGCAGUAAUUAAAGUGGUUAUUAUAUAAGGCUUAAGGCUAAUGCAGUAUCUGGAUUGAAAAUGCAAUGUUUACUCUUUUUUUCAAUCUUUUUAUUUAAGUGUGAUACUUAAACUUAAGUGUGAUAAGAAUAUACUAAAAGUUUUUAACUCA